ACCAAUCAAGUUUCAGCAACAGGCAUACGUCAAGUAUUUUGGCCAAUCAGAUUGCGUGAUAGUAACGCCGGUACCGCCUAUGUGGUGAACUCACGGUUAUUUCUUUCCUCCUAGUUGUUAUACCAUUUCGGAAAAUAAUGGAAUCUGUUUGACGCUUGGUUCUUUAUUUUCUACGAACAAUGAAGUGUGGACACAGCGGAUAAGGAGUGAUAUUAUCUGUUGGACGUAGGUAAGGUAAUGAAAUGGCAUCAAUUGUCCCCGCUAGCUUUAGCAAGAGCUAGCCCAUCUGUGUGACUUCCUGCCUUUAACAAUUAGCUUUAGCUUUCUGAAAUCCAGUUAGCUGCUGAUAUCGAGCGUUUCUUUCUCAGCUGCUGCAUAUUUUGCUGUCAUGUAACCCGGACAGAUAUCACAUAAGGUCAUCGCCGGGAUUGAUAACUAUGCGCCAGAUUAACAUUUGAAAUCCAGUGUGUAAUCUGGUAGGAUUAGGUCCAGAGUGAUGCCAUGGUUACACCCUCUCAUCAGGACCACUCUGAUCAGACUGUAAUUCACUCUCUCCCGAUGGGAUCACUGUAACUCUUCAAUUAUAUAGCUGUUAUUUGUGGUCAUACUUUAUCAAACAUUGAUGAGGGGGUCGAGUUUUAUUCUCUUUGACUGAGGCAGCAUCAAUUUAGGGUUAAUCCAGGGAUCACAGGAGUUACAUUAUCUGUACCUUUUUCAUUUCACUCCUUGUUUGCUCUGUUUUACAAACAUAGACAUUGUGCCGGGACAAUUGGAAGGAUGGAGACCCUGAUCCCUAUCAUCAACAGGCUGCAGGAGGUCUUUCUCACAGUGGGUUCAGAGAUCGUACAGCUGCCACAGAUAGUAGUGGUUGGAUCUCAGGUUAGUACGAAAAUACUUCAAUGAAAGCUUCAAUCCCAAACUGAACCAUUUUCUGUGACUGUUGCUCAAGCUUGAAUGAAUCUCCCAGUUCCUUUUCUUUUUCAAUAUAGAAUAGAAAAUACACCCACUGGCUGCAACAUGAUGAACACCUGGGAAAUCUAAUAAUUGCACCCCAAAACAACAACCCUAUUACACAUUCACGACUAAAAUGUUCAGCUUGUGUUGACAUGAUCAGACAGGUGAUUAUUGGGCUUAAAGGGCUAGUUCGGCGUAAGAUUAAUUUAGGGUCAAACACAACAUAACACCCAGUUAGACACCCCCUCCAGAGAUGAAUGUUGCCGACCGCUUGCUUUUCUAGUUUUACCAACUUUAGUAACGACCGCAGGAUAGCAAUACACAGCUGUCGGAAGAGCCAUAAACAAACCUCAACCAAAAAGCCACUUUAUAGCCACAAAUAAUGCUCAGAACAGCACCUAACUUCAUCAACAGUACGUAUAGGGUCCCAGCCAUAGUACUAGAGAAGCAAGUGGUCAGCAACAUUCAUCUCUUUAGGGGGUGUCUAACUUGGAGUUACUGUGUGUUUGACCCUAAAUUAAUUUUACGCUGGAAUAUCCCUUUAAAUCCCAUCUGAACCAUUAUCUGCAACUGUUGCUCAAGCUUGAAAGAAUCUCACAGUUCCUUUUCUUUUUUGAUAUAGAACAGAAAACACACCCACUGGCUGCAACAUGAUGAAUACCUGGGAAAUCUAAUAAUUGCACCUCAAAACAACAACCCUAUUACACAUUUUGCUCUGAGAAAACAUCUAAAAGUUCAGCUUUUGUUGACAUGAUCAGACAGGUGAUUAUUGGACUUAAAAUUUAUAAUUGGUUGGUGAUGGUGGUGUGCUGGAGUGCAUUAUGUAUAAAAGUGUUCCUUGAAUUUUGUCCAGUUAACAAACAUGAGGGGAAGCAGAAUAUCUGGAACACCUUUCAUAUCAAUUAAAAAGAAAAAUUAUCACCUGUCUGACAAAAUCAACAAAAACAUGAAUUGUAGAGGUUUUGUUGAACUAGAUUUUAAGGUAGAGCUAAGUUGGGUUGCAUUAGAUUGCUCAAGUGUACAUAAUGUUAUGACUCAGUGUAUAUUGACCAUGUUAAUGCUGUUUAGAGUGCUGCUAUAAUUGCUGUUUGCAUGAUGUACCUCAACAGAGCAGUGGAAAGAGCUCUGUUUUGGAAAGCCUGGUUGGACGGGAUUUCUUGCCUCGGGGAUCAGGAAUAGUCACCAGACGACCCCUCGUGUUGCAGCUCAUAAAUGUUUCCCCUCUGCAGGAGAGACUGAAGAUUGAAAAUGGUACUUUCACAUUCAUCCUUCUGUUUCUUUAUAUUUUUAAUAAGAUUGUGAUUAUUUUAAAACAAAUUGAAAAAUUACAGCUCAUGUUUGACUAAAAAACUGACUGCCAGCAUGUUAAAUCAGGACAGCAGGCUUGUUGUUGAUGUGUAUUUCUCUGUUAUUGAGUCUUGGGCAGUGCACUGUCACUUUAUGUUUACACUGCAGGCUACUUUUUACAAAGCCCUUCUCUCUGGUUGCUAACAUUAAGUCUUUCUUCCUCUUCUUCUUCAUCACUUUCCCAGGCAAUGGGGUAAAACAAAAUGUCCAAAACAGCUACCCAGGUCUCUGUAAAUUUGGUGUGCCCAGACUUGUCUUUGUAUAACCUCGCCAUUUGUUUUGUUCACCCCAUUAAAUAUUUCUGUUCUCUCUGGUCAUCUGUCAAGCAUGAUAUAAAUCCAUUUCAGUUUUUCCUUACUUGUCCUAGUAUGUUUAGCUGGAAUCACAAAGUGUGAAACUACUCACACUCAUUCUUGUUUGUUUGCUCAGGUGUCAAAGCUGAAGAAUGGGGUACUUUCCUGCACUGCAAGAACCAGGUACAUUUUUCUAAACAAUUCGGAAUAAAGUGAAUGCUUUCUUUGUCCUUUAUUAUGAGUUGCCUUUUGUUAACACAUCAUUCUUUCACCUUUUUGACAGAUCUUCUCAGAUUUUCAUGAAAUUUGUAAAGAAAUUGAGGCAGAGACUGCACGCAGUUCGGGUGAGAACAAGGUAAAAAGAAAGUAUUGAUGUAAACUCAGUGACAUCUUAAAUUAAGUAUUUACUUCUACGCUUAUGAUUUUCUCUUCUUUUGUUUAACCCUCCAGGGAAUCAGUCCUGAGCCGAUCUAUUUGAAGAUAUUUUCACCCAAAGUGCUCAAUCUCACUCUGGUUGAUUUACCAGGAAUAACUAAGGUAACUGUUUUCAUUUCAUUUCAUGUGUAUGAACCAAAGUGACAGCAGCACCCCAUCUGUGCCGUGCUGUGCUGUGCUCACAAUAACACUGACUGCUUAUUGUUGUUGCCUUAGGUUCCUGUCGGAGAUCAGCCAGAGGACAUUGAGGCUCAGGUACAAGACAUGAUCUUGUCCUUCAUCUCCAAUCCAAACUCGCUCAUCCUCGCCGUGUCCCCGGCCAACUCUGACUUGGCCACCUCCGAUGCUCUGAAAUUGGCUCGUGAGGUUGAUCCAGAUGGUAGGACUCUUUAUUUACCGGCUUCUCUUCACUCCUCAGAUUUCAUUAGAUUCUCUGUCCUCUCCAUCAGCGCUUGUUACAUAAUGUGCCUCAAGAAGAAAAGCAGUUUGAAUUAUUAAUUGUGCAUAGAAAAUGCAUUGUCCUCAGACCUUUCAGGCUAUUGAACUUUCCAGACUCGAUUGUUAACAGCACUUUGACAAAGAGUUGCUUAGACAGUAGGUGUAGCUUUCAUUACCAUGUUGCUCAGAGAUGAUGAGAGUCUGCCUGUAGCAAUUUUGGGUACCUUUAUGACUUUCAAAGGUCACUUUGAUGGUGUACUAGGGCUGUCAAAAUUGCUCCAAAAUGAUGUUCAAAUAUUCGUUCUAAAAAUAACACAUAGGUUCGUAAAUAUUUAAAUAUCUAGCUUACACAGCUUGCAUAUAACUUUAUCUCGCUCAGCUUUUUUUCCGUCUAUCGUGUCUGCCCAAGAAUUUCCAAACAGAGCUUCUAAAGUACGUCGGAGUUGAGACCACUCUCUCUGAGUUUGGCUCUGAACAUCCCGCCAUCUCUCUCCGCAUGGGCCACGGAUGUUUUUUGUCGAGUCUCACUGCAGGUGCAGCUCCUGUGACCCGUCCCUGACCCGUGGUUACAGUUCGCUCACUCGCAAAGCAGCCGCCGUUUUUUUUUUUUCUUUUUCGCUUUUUGCUUUUUGCUUUUUGCUUUUUGCUUUUUGCUUUUUUCCAACUCAAUUUUUUCCUACUGUCUAUUUAAUACUCGAACAUUAAUUUUCACUUUCGAAUCUCGUUUUUGUAAAAAUAUACAAAAAUAUAUUCAAAUUUACUGUAUUUGUUGGCAUUCCCAUGGUAUAUGUGUCAAAAUAUCAGUUUCUUUGCCUAAACGUUUCCAUGCUUCUCUCAAUCUUUACCUAUCAGAAACUUGUUUCUUAGUUGGUUCUCCUGCUCACUUUAUUCCUGUCUCUCCUUGAACAAAAAGCAAGGUGAGGCUCUGUUAUUUUUUCUGGAGGAUAUCAUCUAAGACCCUUUUGUUUGUCAGGUCGUCGAACACUGCUGGUGGUGAGUAAGCUGGACCUGAUGGAUGCAGGGACUGAUGCUCUAGAGGUCCUCCUAGGUCGAGUCAUUCCUGUCAGACUUGGGAUCAUUGGAGUAGUAAACAGGUUUGUUGUAUUAAAUUAUUGGAUUUUGUCUGUUAGUUUGGAUUUGCAGUGUUCAGUCUCUUUAUCAUGUGACUGCACUCUAUCUCUUCCUAAUUGUUGUGUCCUAUAGGAGCCAGCACGACAUCAAUACUCAGAAGAGCCUGGAGGACUCAAUGAGAGACGAGCAUGCCUUCCUGCAGCGCCACUACCCCUCUCUCGCCUCCCGCUCUGGCUCACGCUAUCUCGCCAAAACUCUCAGCAGACUGCUCAUGCACCACAUCCGCGAGUGCCUGCCAGACCUCAAAACCCGAGUGACAGUGCUGAGUGCUCAGUACCAAGCGCGGCUUAACAGUUACGGCCAGCCAGUAGAAGACCACAGUGCCAUGCUUCUGCAGAUUGUCACCAAGUUUGCGAGUGAUUACUGUAACACCAUCGAGGGAACCGCCAGAUACAUUCAGACCUCGGAGCUGUGAGUCUGACCUCUUGACAGUCGCAGGAUCUUUGUCGAAUACUAAAUUCCUUCAAAUGUCUCUAAUGAUUACGAUAAUCUUUGCAUUUAGCACUUUGGUAGCAAACUCAGCAUUUCACUGACACCAGUUUACAGUAUUUGCCAUGAGGGUUGUGUCCUUGGGGAAAUGUACUUGUAAAUUGGAGAUGUAUCAGCAUCUUCUUUUGGCACCUUCAUACCAGCAGGUCUCGUACCAUGAGGUUUUUCAUUUAUUUAAACAUGUAGGGGGCAAAUAUUGAGCAUUUUUGUUUGACCGUGUUUGAUUUUGUGGUGACUUACACUGCUGAUGCUCAGCACUGUGAAACUGCAUCAGUGUCACAGCUGAAUCCAUCUGUCUACAGCUGUGGCGGUGCUCGGAUCUGUUACAUAUUCCAUGAGACUUUCGGCCGCACUCUGCAGUCCAUCGACCCCCUGGGGGGAUUGACUGAGCUUGAUAUCCUCACUGCCAUUCGAAAUGCUACGGUUAGCUCCUCACUUCUGCUCUUGAUUUUCGUAGCCCCUGUGUCUUGUUUAGAGGAACAGCAGUAGAGUUGAUACGUGGGUGUGUUUGUUAUCCUGCAGGGUCCACGGCCGGCGCUUUUUGUGCCUGAGGUCUCCUUUGAGCUGCUGGUGAAGCGGCAAAUUAAGCGACUGGAGGAGCCCAGUCUACGCUGCGUAGAACUUGUUCACGAAGAGCUGCAGAGGAUCAUCCAGCACUGCUCCUCUUUUAGUACACAGGUUUGCUUUCAUCUGUUGAUUGACUCUCUAAUCCAGAGCUGCUCUGCAUUAAUGACAGCCCCAUGUUGAGCGAGUGUGUUUCUGUGUUUACAAGGAGCUUUUGCGAUUCCCUAAACUGCACGAUUCCAUUGUGGAAGUGGUGACUGGAUUACUCAGGAAGCGCCUGCCAAUUACAAAUGAGAUGGUAAUCUCAGUUUAACUAAAAUGAUCCUUUAUAGUAAUUAAAGGGAUAUUCCGGCAUAAAAUUUAUUUAGGGUCAAACACAACAUAACAUUGAGUUAGACAGCCCCUUGAGAGAUGAAUGUUGCCGACCACUCGCUUCUCUAGUCAUACCAACUUUAGUAACGACCACAGGAUAUCAAUACACAGCGGUCUAAGGAGCCACACACAAACUUCAUCCAAAACACCACUCUAUAGCCACAAAUAAUGCUCAGAACAGCACCUAACUUCAUCAACAGUACAUAUAGGGUCCCAGCCACAGCACUAGCCACCAAACAUCUAUUUAACUUUGCCUGAUUUCUUAAGCAAAGACACUAAACACAACUCACCUACUCUCUUCCAGCAGCCGCUUGUUUGUAGCAAGAUCUCGGGCCACUCCAUCACAGACUGCUGCGGGGUGACGCAGCUCAAGGAAGAACAUUUAUGAUCAUUCCUUCAUGGAAAUGCAGUCAGACGGAGACGCUAAGGCAGAAGAACUACCGUGUCUGCAGUGCAAAAUGAUUAAUAUGGUGAUUAUUACUUCAAGGAAAUGAUAAAGUUAUGAUCAUGAAUGUUCUUCCUUGAGCUGCAUCCCUCUGCUUCAGUCAAUUGACUCGCCUGAGGUCUCGCUACAAACAAGCGGCUGCUGGAAGAGAGUAGGUGAGUUCUAUUUAGUGUCUUUGCUAAAGAAAUCAGGCAAAGUUAAAAAGAUGUUUGCUGGCUAGUGCUGUGGCUGGGACCCUAUAUGUACUGUUGAUGAAGUUAGGUGCUGUUCUGAGCAUUAUUUGUGGCUAUAGUGUCGUUUUGGUUGAGGUUUGUUUAUGGCUCCUCAGACCGCAGUCAUUACUAAGUUUGGUUUAACUAGAGAAGCAAGCAGUCGGCAACAUUCAUCUGUCGAGGGGGUGUCUAACUCGGUGGUACAGAGUGUUCCACCCUAAAUUAAUUUUACGCCGGAAUAUCCCUUUAAAUAGCUAACACUGUCCCUUUAACAGACUGAGGUCAUUUUCUCUGCUUUUUCCCCUCUAGGUUCACAAUUUAGUAUCAAUAGAGCUGGCCUACAUCAACACCAAACAUCCGGACUUCACAGAUGCAGGGCAGGUCUCAGCUUCUGUCAACAGUCAGCAGGUAGUUGUUUGUUCCUUCCAGCAAUGACUUUGCAUUCAACAUUUAUUCUGCUAAGAUGAACAAAAGAGGGCAUUUUUGUAGAAACUGUCACCCUUUUGUUUCACAUAUAUACGGUACAGGACAGUUUAUAGUGGAAUCCAGACUCAGCCAAAAUUACUUUGACCCUUUGACUCUCUCGAUUUCUUACUGUCAGGUGGAGAGCCUUGAUGGAGGGAAGCGCUGGAAAAACGAGAAGGUCGCAGAAGAGAAAGCCCUUUCUGCAGGUUUUGGCAGCCCCAGCAAAGGCCAGGCCAUUAACCUCCUUGACACAGUGAGUGGUGUGAUUAGGAGCUGGGCAAACUUAGUGGCAAAUACGUUGCAGACUGUCAACUUAUUCUCCCCACCUCUCUACCAGGCACUGCCAGUUUCCCGCAAGCUAAGUUCCAGGGAGCAGAGAGACUGUGAGGUCAUCCAGCGCCUCAUCAAGUGCUACUUCCUCAUUGUCCGUAAAAGCAUCCAAGACAGGUUCGACUGGAAUAAGUCCAGAAAACCUGGGAGGGCCUCUCUCCCUUUUCCAUCACCUCUUCUUUUUCAAAAAGUAGACUCCAUUAGCUGUGAUUGAUGCUGAUUUUCUAACUUUGUCUGGGGGGGCUGUGUGUGUGUGUCCACAGUGUGCCCAAGACUGUGAUGCACUUCCUGGUGAACUUUGUGAAAGAGCAUCUGCAGAGUGAGCUGGUGGGUCAGCUUUACAAACAGCAACUGCUGCAAGAGCUGCUCAUUGAGUCGCAGGACACGGCACAGCAGCGCAUCGAGGUUGCGCAAAUGCUGGAGGUAAAAUCGGCCGAUGCUUUUGUUCUCUGAAUAGUUUCUAAGUAUCAAGGAAAAGCAAGUCCUUUCACUUUUUCUUUUAUCUACGACUUCAAGGCAAGUAAAUGAACUGCCCUCUUUUUUUGUAUUCUUUUUCAGGCCCUCAAAAAAGCCAAUAACAUCAUCUCUGAGAUCCGGGAGACCCAUCUGUGGUAGCCGGAGGAAAGAGCAAUCCCCCUGUCAUAGGACAGCUUUGAGAGUAUGAGAGUGUAUGUGAGUUUACAGCACUGAAAGCGAUACGAGAAUGAGUGAGUAAGUGUGUGAGUGUUUGUGCGUAUAUGUGCGAUCGACUUUGUGUGGCAGCAGUACCACAGUUUUCUCAUGGACCAAUGAACAUAGCACAUUAAGAUGUCUUUUAUUCUCGCCAACUGUCGCCCUGACCAGUACACUGGGGCUGUUGAUUUCCAUGUGAACGUGCAUUUGUUAUGACAGAAAUUAAUUAAACACUCAGGCCGGAUGUGUUAUUGUGAAGUUUUAUCUGGAACGACACAACCAAGAACAAAAUCAUUCCUUGACUUUAUGUUUGUUUGGUGAAAGAAGCUGUUGCUUUAAUUUAAAAAAUGUAGAUAUAUGGAGUAUUUCCAUCAUUUUCAAGGCUGCUCUAUUAUUAUUUUUUUUUUUUUUGAGCGAAAUGUGUUCACUCUGUCAAUCCCACACUCUCGAGGGAAAAAAAAACAAGGCUUGAUCUGAGCCACUUCAGCAGGUGCUAAAAUUAUGUUAGAUUAGAUGUGCUCCAACUUAAACCCCGAGCUUCGUAGCACUCACCAGAUUUAGAAAACGAAAUGAAUUCUCAAACUCAGUCAACACAGACGGCAUUGCAACGCUGUAGAUAAACUACAGUCAUCUGAAGAAGACACUGGAUGAAUGCAGAUUGUUUUUUUGCUAAUUGAUAAGGUUUGUUUUUAAAAUACAUUUACAUAUCAGCUCAUUUAUACUGUUGCGAUGACCUUUUAGCAUUGUGUUUGAUAAUGAACAGAGACCAAACCCUUCUUACAAACAUUUUUAUCAGUUGAUAUGAGGUGUAAAAUCACUCAUAUAGAUUUGAACACCUCUCCUGUGUAGUGUACAUGUACUUCAUUAUAUAGGUAAAUAGAAAAGAGAUUAUUUCAAACAGAAAAAUAUGUAUUUAUUGUAGGGAGAUUGUGUUGUGUGAUAGAUUCUUCGUUAUUUGUUAAAUUCAAGAUUCAUAUAGCAUAAAUGUAGUGUUCUGUCGCUUUGUUUUCACUCGUUUCUGCUGAAGAUAUAAGAUUCUUAAUCACUCGUCCCUGUCCACUCAUAAGGACGCUGUUGAAGUAUAAGAGAUUUAGUAUGCGGAUAAAUCCUGCAUGCAUUUUUUCCCACAAUUUUACAUUCCGUCUCAUCUUAGAAUUUUUUCCUCUGUGCCAAUGGCCGGUCUUUUGUGUAACAAUGUUUGAUGUGAACAUUUUUCAUCUUUUCCAUCUGUUUCUAACUUAGACUGUUCUGCCAAAUUCCUCCUAGCAGUUCAGCAGUGAUUAAUGUGAAUCUCCUCUCCUAACCAAAACAAAUAAUCGUCCCCUAAAAAUGAGGCUUUUUCAGGAAGACCUGCCUUAACUGGACCAUUCAAAAGCUACUUUAUGUGUGAUUAUGAAGCAAACUCAACAUCCUGUCAGUAUGUCUUUCUGAAAGUCUCUGUACAUUUGCACGUAGGUGUCCAGAAUGCAUGUGUGGCUGAACGAAUGACUGCGAUAUGUAUAUUUUGUAUUAUUUUAAUGCAUAUUAUUGUAAUUAUUAUAAUUGUGUCGACUGCCUCUGAGUUCUUGCCUGCCAAUAUUUGUGAUACAUGUUUACCGAAUGGAGUCUGCUAAGAUUGAAGCGACUCAUUAAACCCUAACAAAGGAUACCACUGAGUCUGUUUGGGUAUUAUUGACGACGUGC